AUGUAUUUCUCCGCGUGGUCCAAGAUCGCCCUUGCGGGUCUUUUUGCUUCAGCUGCUGCUCAGACCUACAGCUCGUGCAACCCUAUGGAGAAGACAUGUGAUUCUGACACAGGCCUCGCUUCUUCAUCAUAUUCAGUCGACUUCACCAAAGGUGCUGAUAAGGACAAUUGGGAGGCAACUGGUGAUGGCACUGUCAAGUAUACUUCUGAUGGUGCUGAGUUCACUGUUGCUAAGCAGGGCGAUGCCCCUACCAUCCAGAGCAAGUGGUACAUGUUUUUUGGCCGCAUGGAGGUUCACUUGAAGGCUGCGCCGGGAACUGGUAUCGUCUCAUCUGUCGUUCUUCUUUCAGAUGUUCUCGAUGAGGUUGAUUGGGAGUGGCUUGGAGGCAGUGACGGGGAGGUUCAGACCAAUUACUACGGCAAAGGAAACGACUCAUCUGAUACUCGAAGCGCUACUUUCCCAGUCACCAACACCCAGGAGGAGUUCCACAACUAUACCAUUCACUGGACCAAGGAGUCUUGCGAGUGGUACAUCAACGGCGUUGCUGUGCGUACGGUCAACUACGCGGAUGCUCUUGGAGGAGAGAACUAUCCUCAGACUCCUAUGCGUGUCAAGCUUGGUAUCUGGGCCGGUGGCGAUCCUGACAAUGCUGAGGGGACUAUUGAGUGGGCUGGCGGAGAGACUGAUUACAGUGCGGGUCCUUACACCAUGACUGUUCAGAAGAUUACGAUUGAGAACCUCAACCCUGCUGAGAGCUACACCUACAGCGAUAAGACCGGCUCAUACAAGAGCAUUGAGUUUGAUGAGAAGGACAGUGACAGUGAUGACGACUCCUCAUCGACUGCCUCCGAAGCUGCCUCAAAGACUUCAUCCAAGGGUACUACCUCUAAGACAUCUUCUGAGUCGACUUUCACCACUAAGACUUCCACUAAAGCUGACUCCGAGUCCUCAACAACAGCAUCCGACUAUUCUAGCGAGACUGAAAGCGCCGACUUCAAGAACAACAAGGCCGAGACAACUAGUGCUGGUGCAAAUUCGUCCGCAAGCAGUGCUGCAGUUACGCCUUCGGCUACUGGUGGUUCAACAAACAGCGCUGCUGGAAACUGGCCCAAGAUGUGGUUUGCCCUUGGAACGACUUUUGCUGCCAUGGUCAUGUUGUGA